UAAAGAAAUUUCAUUCAAACUAGAUAUUUUCGAAAUAAUUUAUUAUUUUUAAAAAAUUUUUAAUCUUGAACUGGUUAUUAUUUUUAGAAACCUAUUUGAAACCUUAUGGGCAUAAGUGGGUUAAUAUUGUUGCUGUUGGGUUUUAAAAUGUUCCAAACAAAUCGCGUCCUUCAAAAAGAACAAGCUCAACUCUUUGCCAUUCAAAAGAAGCUGGAGAAAGUCCUGCCCGUAGUCCAGGAGGCCUUAAAUUCACUCAAGGUGGAGGAACUGCAUCUUAAGUCAAUGGGCAUUCAUAAUACUACCGAAGGACAAGGAACCCACAGCAAGGAUCCUCUUUUUUUAGAUAUCACCGAAAGGCCAGAGCCAUCCGCCUCGGAAGCCACAUUUGUUAAUAGUCAGGCAAUCAAUCUGGGUGUGCUUGGAAGCAGCCUUAAAACAUUCGACGAGGAGGUAGACUCGGACUGAUUAUAACUUUAUUCCACACAAUUAUGUAUAAUUACAAAAUAUAAUUAAAAGAAUUAGUAAAAUAUAUUCGGAUGAAGAAAAAAUA